CUAAAAACCAGUUCUCCAAACAGUUAUUGUGUUCUGAAAACCCCACAUUUCCACUCCUCAACAAAAAAAAGCAGUAUCGACUCUCACAGUUCUCACCUGUGAUGGUAUCAGGUGUACUUUGGACAUGCCUGUGUUUGGUUAAAACACAACCUUACGCAGAGUGGGUGGGGUGUAUUGAUGGGUGUUUGAGCAGACAAGGCGAAGUUUCCUGUCCUGACUCGUGCUCAGGCGAAGAACAGACUCGAAUGGAAUCUGUCAGGAGCAACUCUGGAAAGACCUAACUCCAAGUGAUUAGCUUUCCUGUGGAAAGUGUAAGCCUGGAUGCUCGCAAAACCACAAUGGAGACCAACAGUGACGCCACAAAAAUCCUGGGAAAGGGUCCUGAAUACUUUCGCAAGCAAAUGGAACGCGACAACAAAGGACACAUGAGUGCUGUGGAGAGGCUCGCCGCAAGUAAGCCCAUAUAUGUCAAGAGCCAACAAGUGGUCAACUCGUGCCAGGAGCCAGUGAUCAACCUCAGCCCUUUUACUGUGAGCAGCUCUGGAUCUUCCAACCUUCCAUUGAAACAUGGUGGGAAUCUUGUUACAGGGAAUAGCCCAACCAGUGUUGCACAAGACUCCUCACCAGGACAAGAGCGUCGGUCCAGCUCCAAAAAGAGACCAGAUUCACUUCUAAUCUACAGGCAGAAAUGUGAGUCAUUAAGAGGGCCUGCAAAUAAUCGCAAACAUCCGAUGUCUCGUAAGCUCCUGCUUGGUCCUGUGAAUGGAAAUGUCCCAUUACUUGAGAAUGCUAGCAAGGAAUGUGAGUCUAAAGGCAACAAGGAAAAACUUUUGCUGGCUCAGGGAGCAGCAGAGAACUGCAGCUCCCGUGUCUUUGUCUCUCAGUCAGAGAAAAGGUCAAAUAGAGCUGUGGAGGAACACAGCACGGAAAGCAGCAAUGACUCUGGCACAAAGAAAUGUGCUGGCGGUCUUCUGGAAGUUCCUCAAACUGAAAGGAGAUCUGGGAAGGGGGUCAGCCGGUCCCACUCUGACAUUAGUUCCCGGUAUUCCACAAAUUUUGCAGACUUUGACGUCUUUUUUAAAUACUGCGGCUUGGACAGUGACAUCAUCGAUUCUUUGGGAAGAGAGAACUUCUCAACAUGUUCAGAUGAAAUCUCGAUGAGCAUCAUUCGGAGCGUCAGUGUAUCCACAUCAGACGACGGCUUCUCCAGGGACAGUGGUGACAGUGAUGGACUCCUGGAGAAGGAGUUGGAAAAAAAAGAGAACCAGGGCACGUCAGUUAUUGAACGCAACGCACGGAUCAUCAAAUGGCUUUACAGCUGCAAAAAUGCAGCAGAGACUGGGAAGAUGCUGCGAGAUCUCAACUAAUGUUUCUAUAACACUUGCUUAUUUGAAUAUACAGUACUUUAUACACUCUUAGCAAUUUAUAAUCUUUUGGUGUUGGUUGUGGAAAUCUUUCACUCUUGGAGUAUUUUCUGGAAUUGUCAGCCAAUUCCGAUACUCCAUGUUGAUCCAUCAAUGACAAAAUAGCUCAGCUGCCACCUUUAAACACAAAUAUUACACUUAAAUUACACUUAAAUAGUUCUGAGGGAACGCCUUUGUCAAGUCAGAUAAUUUAAAUGUUAUAUAGAGUGACAUUUUUCAUACUCAAUUAGUGUUUUCACACAAAGAUUUCUGACUACUCAAGUCAUGUUGUGAAAGAAAAAUGUGAGAUAUUGUCGGCUGAAUAUUUUCUGCUGUAAGGAUCCAGGGGCAGAGUCCAUUCUACCCAAAUAACAGGCUUGUUAUCAAGUCCGAUCAGAAUUUCUUGGAUGUUUGGGGGUAAAAAAAACCUCAGACUAAUUUUUUUUUUUUGUAUGAACUUCCACAACCCCGUUUUGUUGAUGUCCUGAAGAGAGAGUUCUUUCCAGACUGUAGUUUUACUUUAUUGGUCAUUUCAAAAUGAAUAUUAAAAAUGUGUCAUAAAACUGAUGCAUUUCUUUAACAACUAAACAGUGAAUUUAUGUGGCAAGUUUUUUGCUCUAAGCAGUCUAAUACUUUUACCUUCAAAAUUGUAUAACUUCACAAUCAAAGCACUAAUAUAAGUGACCACACCAAGAUAAGAAGCUUAGAGCUCAUGACUCCAUGAUUUAUUGUUUCACACAUUUAAGGAUAGCUCUCAGCAAUGCUGAUACAUUCUUCUUCUCGGGAUGUCCUAAAUUGUAGUUAAUGUAACAAAUCUUUGAUGUAUACAAUUAACUUUUUGGUUUUCUCCAGGUGAAAGGUGCACUUUAAAUUAAACAUAAGCAGGUUUAUAUACAUUCGUAUGCAUAAAAGAGAUUAUCUCAUCAUGCCUUUCAGUAUUAGUAAAGGCGAGGUACAAAGAAAAGCUGUUAUUUUCCACCCACCCUUUAAAAUGUAUAUGUGAGGAAUGUGCCAAGUAAUCUGAUGGGCUUAUGUCCAGUGACCCGUUGAAACUGUAUCUCCAUUUCCCUCCCAGUUUACGCCUUCUUUGUCUCCUGACCACUUUCUGUGUUUCUGCCAAGUUUCUUUGUUGCUUUUUUUAAGCUCAGAAGCUGCAGAGAAAAUCUUCAGAAGGUACUUAAGGUCACUCAGUUUCAGACUGAGUUUCUCUCUUGCAGAGCUAGACAUGAACAGUUGUUUGGUGAAAUAGUGUUUACAGCAAAAUUUUGCUAAACAAGUUAUUUUUGGCACAUCUGUGAUAAACAACAUGUUUCACAUCAUU